CCUGCCGGGGUCGCCUCUGGGUUCUCGGCGGCGUGUGGGAGUACAACUCUGCUUCUCCAAGGAGACCGGCUUGUAGCCACCGAACUGAAUUUGCCCAUUGAAAGCGAACCCAGAACAGCCGGAUAAUGUCCACUCCGAGCAGAUUCAAAAAGGACAAAGAGAUCAUAGCCGAGUAUGAAAGUCAAGUCAAAGAAAUUCGAGCCCAGCUAGUAGAACAACAAAAAUGCCUGGAGCAGCAAACGGAGAUGCGAGUUCAGCUUCUCCAGGACCUUCAAGAUUUCUUCCGGAAAAAAGCCGAAAUCGAGACAGAAUAUUCUCGGAACCUAGAGAAGCUGGCAGAAAGGUUCAUGGCAAAAACAAGAAGCACUAAGGAUCAUCAGCAGUACAAGAAAGACCAGAACCUGUUGUCUCCAGUGAACUGCUGGUAUUUGCUCCUGAACCAAGUGAGGCGAGAAAGCAAGGACCAUGCCACCCUGAGUGACAUCUACCUGAACAAUGUGAUUAUGCGGUUCAUGCAGAUAAGCGAAGAUUCCACCAGGAUGUUUAAAAAGAGCAAAGAAAUUGCAUUCCAACUUCAUGAGGAUUUAAUGAAGGUUCUUAAUGAGCUUUACACGGUGAUGAAAACAUACCAUAUGUAUCAUGCGGAAAGCAUCAGUGCAGAGAGCAAGCUGAAAGAGGCUGAGAAACAGGAGGAGAAGCAAAUUGGAAGAUCUGGGGAUCCAGUUUUCCAUAUUAGGCUAGAAGAAAGACAUCAGCGACGAAGCUCUGUAAAGAAAAUUGAAAAAAUGAAAGAAAAGAGACAAGCUAAGUAUUCAGAAAAUAAGCUAAAAUCCAUUAAGGCACGGAAUGAGUAUCUCCUAACACUUGAAGCAACCAAUGCCUCGGUUUUCAAGUAUUAUAUUCAUGAUCUCUCAGAUUUAAUUGAUUGCUGUGAUCUUGGCUACCAUGCAAGCCUGAACAGAGCCCUAAGAACGUAUCUCUCUGCGGAGUAUAACCUCGAAACCUCUAGACAUGAAGGCUUGGACAUUAUUGAAAAUGCAGUUGACAAUUUAGAACCAAGGAGUGACAAGCAGAGAUUCAUGGAGAUGUACCCUGCUGCAUUCUGUCCACCAAUGAAAUUUGAGUUUCAGUCUCACAUGGGUGAUGAGGUGUGUCAGGUCAGCGCCCAGCAGCCAGUCCAGGCAGAGCUUAUGCUCAGGUACCAACAGCUACAGUCCCGACUGGCCACGCUCAAAAUCGAGAACGAGGAGGUUAAGAAAACGACAGAAGCCACCUUGCAAACAAUACAAGAUAUGGUGACCAUUGAGGACUAUGAUGUGUCCGAGUGCUUCCAGCACAGCCGCUCCACAGAGUCUGUGAAGUCCACCGUCUCCGAGACCUACCUGAGUAAGCCCAGCAUCGCCAAGAGAAGAGCAAACCAGCAGGAGACUGAGCAGUUCUACUUCAUGAAACUCAGAGAAUAUUUGGAAGGCAGUAACCUCAUCACAAAACUCCAAGCCAAACAUGACUUGCUGCAAAGGACUCUCGGCGAAGGUCACAAAGCUGAAUAUAUGACUACAAGGCCUCCAAAUGUUCCCCCUAAGCCCCAGAAACACAGGAAGUCCCGACCCCGCUCACAGUAUAAUGCUAAGUUGUUUAAUGGGGAUUUGGAAACAUUCGUCAAGGACUCAGGUCAGGUUAUCCCCCUCAUAGUGGAAAGCUGUAUUCGAUUCAUCAAUCUCUAUGGUCUUCAGCAUCAAGGGAUUUUCCGAGUGUCUGGUUCCCAAGUGGAAGUAAAUGAUAUUAAAAAUUCGUUUGAGAGAGGUGAAAAUCCUCUGGCUGAUGACCAGAGUAACCAUGAUAUUAACUCAGUUGCUGGCGUUCUGAAGCUCUAUUUCCGUGGGCUGGAAAAUCCCCUCUUUCCUAAGGAAAGAUUUAAUGAUCUGAUUUCUUGUAUCAGAAUAGAUAAUCUCUAUGAGAGGGCGCUUCACAUCCGCAAACUCCUCUUGACCUUGCCCAGGUCGGUCCUGAUAGUGAUGAGGUACCUCUUUGCCUUCCUCAAUCAUCUUUCCCAGUACAGCGAUGAGAACAUGAUGGACCCUUACAACCUGGCCAUUUGCUUUGGCCCCACACUGAUGCCUGUCCCAGAAAUACAGGACCAGGUGUCUUGCCAAGCACAUGUGAACGAAAUAGUAAAGACGAUUAUCAUCCAUCAUGAGGCCAUUUUCCCAGAUUCUAAAGAACUGGAUGGCCCAGUUUAUGAAAAAUGUAUGGCUGGAGAUGACUACUGUGACAGCCCGUACAGUGAGCACGGUACGUUGGAGGAGGUGGACCAGGAGGCUGGUACAGAACCCCACACCAGUGAAGAUGAAUGUGAGCCAAUAGAAGCAAUAGCCAAGUUUGACUACGUUGGGCGGUCUGCCCGAGAACUGUCCUUCAAGAAGGGCGCCUCCCUGCUGCUGUAUCACCGUGCAUCUGAGGACUGGUGGGAAGGCAGACACAAUGGGAUUGACGGGCUGGUGCCGCACCAGUACAUCGUGGUGCAGGAUAUGGAUGACACGUUUUCUGACACUCUGAGCCAAAAAGCUGACAGUGAGGCCAGCAGUGGCCCGGUCACUGAAGACAAGUCCUCAUCCAAGGACAUGAACUCGCCCACAGACCGCCAUUCUGAUGGCUAUUUAGCCAGACAAAGAAAAAGAGGAGAGCCACCCCCUCCACUAAGGCGUCCUGGCAGGACCAGUGAUGGCCAUUGUCCCCUCCAUCCCCCACAUGCUCUUUCGAACUCCUCAGUUGACCUGGGGUCCCCCAACCUGGCCAGUCAGCGUGGCCUGCUGCAGAACCGUGGCCUCAAUAACGACAGUCCAGAGAGGAGGCGCCGGCCCGGCCAUGGAAGCCUGACCAAUAUCAGCCGGCACGACUCCCUCAAGAAGAUUGACAGUCCUCCUAUCAGAAGGUCCACGUCAUCAGGGCAGUACACAGGCUUCAAUGACCACAAGCCACUGGACCCAGAGACAAUUGCUCAGGAUAUUGAAGAGACAAUGAACACUGCUUUGAAUGAACUCCGAGAACUGGAGAGACAGAGUACAGCAAAGCAUGCACCUGACGUGGUGCUGGAUACCUUGGAACAAGUGAAAAACUCUCCUACCCCUGCCACUUCCACAGAAUCUCUCAGCCCUUUGCACAGUGUUGCCCUCAGGAGCUCAGAGCCUCAGAUUCGACGCAGCACUAGCUCCUCCAGUGACACAAUGAGUACUUUCAAGCCUAUGGUGGCGCCCAGAAUGGGCGUGCAGCUGAAGCCCCCAGCCCUUAGGCCGAAACCUGCUGUUCUUCCAAAAACAAACCCUACUGUAGGACCCGCCCCACCUUCCCAGGGUCCAGCAGACAAGUCUUGCACUAUGUAAAUACCAGCUGAGCAAGAUCAUAAGGGGAAGUGAUUUUAAAAAGAAAACGGAUUAGUGACAAAAGUCAAUGAUCCAUAACUUUCCUUAGUUUUGUGCUUAUAACUGGAGAUCUUUUGGCUUUUCUAUGUUGUCGAAUGUAAUGUCUAAGACUAGCUAAAUUAACACGGGCAUUUGUAUUUUGUAAUUUUUCUAAAUAACUGGACAUAUGUCAUUUUAAAGACAAUAGAAACACUUAGACUUACUUGAAAAUCCAAUGCUGCACCACUUGUAAUGAAGGCAACACUGCUCACCGUAUUGCACAGUGCUUCAGAUUUAGUGUAGCCCAGAUGAGUCAGAAAUAUCUUGAUUGGAAAGCAGGAGAAUCUGAUUCCCAUGUCUUAUUGGAGUAUAACCAGUGUUGGAGUGGCACUUGGGGUAAUCAAAAGGUGAUCAGGGCAUUAUUGGGAGCUGACUGUAGGCCCUGGUGAUUCCAUCCAGAGUGAGAGUCCCAACUUCGGCUAAUGACUUGCAUUUAUCACAGUGGGACCUUCUUCUCAUGAACUCAGUGGACUGAAUGAUUGCCUCUUCUAUAACAGUCAUUCCCUCGGUCCAGCUUAGAACCCCAGUGUUGCUUGAGUUGAACUAAAAGAAGAGAGAGACAUCAUCUCCAAAGUUCCUGAUGUUACUCCAUGCAUAACUGUAAUCAGGCCCUGGAGGAUUCCACGUCCACUCCUGCAUUUACAAAGGACUCGGACAGUCUAUAAGGACUUUCUGGGGCCAGGGAUAUAGCUCAGCAGCACAGUACCUGCCUAGCAAGUGCAAGGUUCUAAGUUCGUUCAAUUCCAUUACCGAAAAAAGACUGGUUGCACCACAAACUCCUGCAAAGAUCCGUUGCUCUAACUACCUAGAAAAUACUUCCAUUUCCCAAAAAUCGCUAUUUUCCUCUGUAGGAAGGAUACAAGACAUGAAUCCUUGAUCCAGUCAGUAUUCUUUGACUAAAUUACCAUAGUUCCAUUGAAUAUACCGCAAAGGUCUGAUGAUCCUAAAUUUGAAAUCCCAGUUCUCUCCAUUUCUCCUUUUGUUCCAGCCCUCAGCUGGCUAUGGUACUUGAGUAAAAGCCAUAAUGGACCAUCAUAGGGAAGAUCACCUCGUGGUUCCAAGAUGACUUUCUUCCAGUUGUGUACCUUGGAACCAUGACUUUUCCUUUAUAUUUUUACUUUUUGGCAUGUGGUCUCUAUAUAACUUACAUAGUUAACCAAGCUCAAUUACAGAGCUUCUUUCUCUGUUAUCCAGGCACACAGUUUUUCUUUAGCUCAUGUUUUUACUGUGUUUCUCUGCUAUCUUGAAAAAAAGUUGUUUUUAUUUGGGGCAGCACUGGGUAGUAUUGGGGAUUCUAAGCACAUAUUCUACCACUGAGCUAUAUCCCUAGUCCCCCUAAAAUUGUUUUGAAUGCAUUUGCUUUUAGUAAGGUACAAAUAACCACCAUCCUACCAGCAGCAGUUGAUAACUGUAAACUUUUUAUCUAUGCUGUCAUUGAACUUCCAGAUGAAGGAAUAUGGAUUCCUCCCAGCAAAUUCCUUCGUCUCACUGUUGACCAUCUGUAUUUAGUUUCAAACACAGCCAGUUGCAGGCCCACCUAAGAACUGCAUGGGAUGGACUUCAGUUCAUCAACCCAUCGGUAAAUGCACCAUGCAGAAACAAUUAAAAUCUGUACUAAAACCAAGAUCAUUACUUUUAUCUUUGCCUCAGUUUCCCAGCCUCAUCACUGUUCUGCAGAAUGAGACUGAAUUAGUGAACUCUUGCCUUUCAAAGUGAUGCUUGCUUGUGACUUAAUUUCAUAAGUGGACUGAAUAAUGGUGUGUCCCCACAACUUCCCAGGCCACAGAUGUAUUUCCAGAUAUGGUAAAAUUUCAAACCUCUUAAUUUUCAGAAAUAUUCUUUUUGGCCAUUUUCAAAAAGAGGCCUAAGUCAGCAUCUGCCCAAUCCCUGGCCAUUUCUUUUGAGUUCAGUGGUCAUUUUGACCUUUUGACACCACGGAGACCCAGCAGAACUGAACUUUGAUUUAACAGAAACCCUUGUAAAUUGUCCCCCAAAUUCUCUAGGAAGAUUAAAUUUUCCUGAUCUCCCAGUUCUUUAAAAUAAUAAGAGUUCUUAAAACCAUUUUCCUUCUUUGGGGGAAAAGUAAGAUGUUAAGAGGCCAGAGGAAAGGCAGAGGUGUUUUGGAUCUAUUUUUAAGUGCUCUUUAAAAAGCUUUCACUUUCACUCUUACUCUUUGAAGCUGUUCCUUCAGAUAUCUGCCUGGUAAUCCUCCCCAGGGUGUCUGGUGUUUGGUGUAUCCACCUAUUCAGAUCACUGAUUGCCUUUCUAAUGCCCAAGACUCUGCUGCCUUGGAUGAUGGAGGACAUGCUGCUUUUGACCUUCAGAGACUGUACUUUCUUUCAGGAAACAGCUGCUAAUAUUUCACCCUCACUCCCGUAGCUUACUGUCCAUUUUUUUUCCCUAUAGUCCUAUGUCGUCUCCUCCAGAUUUUCCCCCAUCAACUCCAAGCGAAGGGGUGACCUCUGAUUAAGGACUUGGUAAGGGCUUACCUAUCCUUACUUUAUUUAGUAAAAAUAUUCAGAUUCCAGGACUAAGACCAGGUAGCCACUUCAUGAAGGAUCCAAGGUAGCAUCCAUGAAAGCUCAUGAACAACUCCAGCAGCUGAGAAGGUUCACCUGGUGGUGCACAGCCUGUAGGGCCACAGGCUCAGCACCUGGAGGGCAGGCAGAAGAAAGAGCUCAACAGUCUUGGAACAUUAUGUCCUCAUUUCAAGGAUUUUAGCAGUUUUCAUGUGAAGUUUAAGGAGAAUCUCAUUGAGAAGAUGGGUAAAUUAUGGUUCUACAAGGAUUAUCUGACUCCACCUACACGAGAAUGCAUAUUCAUAGCAGAUAUAAUUGUAUGUUCAUGUCCCAUAGAACACACUAGCAUAGAUUUAUCAAGCAGCCUUUUGGCUUGUGUUGGGGGUUUGGAGAGUGAGUUGUUAGGAUAGAAAAGAAAAGUUCCUAGUUUACAUUUUCCGAUGAAUGUUUUGAAAACUAUUUCAGUCUGUUGAGUGGACUGUGUAGAGCUCCAUGUUCAUGUUCAAUAUCAACACCAUUGUUCAACAGUUACGUAUGUCCUCACACAAGGUAAUCUGAGUUUGGUGCCCCUUAAGCCAUCUGUAGAAUAAGCUACCGCAGGGUUCCACUUAAUGUACCACCGUGGUCAGAUCAAGGGUAAAAAAAAAAGCUCCAAGGAUCAAAUUAUGUCCUUUAAUAGUUUUCUGUGAUUGUACUUUUGCCAUUCCCAAAAUGUGUUUACAAUUUUUUUCAAAUAAAAACGGGAUGAGUUGCUAGUAGUAUCCUCAGCAUUUAGAAAUACCAUCUCUGAAGUCAGUAGUCGAAGAAACUAUAAUCUGACAAUUAUGCCUCUGAAAUUCUGAAUUAUACUAUCUCUGGGCCUGUAAAGGAGGUCAGAAGAUUUCAAAUUUGGGUCAGUACUCAUUUACUCCUGACCACAGCUGGUUCAGGCCAUGAAUAGGAAGUGCACGUGGGGCUCAGUCUUGCUGUCAGUUAUCCACCACAGACGCCCUGAGACACAGGGCAGCUUGGGCCUGAGGGCUCUAUUUGUGUACAGGGCCUUACUCCAGACUACCCCUGAGUAAGCACUCAGCCUCCAGCCGGGCUGGAGCACCAGGCUUUAUUCAGGGUGACUUGGAAACAGAUGGAUAAAUUAGCUAGAAUGUAAGCUUUCACUUACCCUAGUAUACUUUCUUUAAAAAAAAAAAAAAUAGUCUACAUGGUAUAAUCCGGAUGGAUACCUGUAUCUUUAAAUUACGUAGGGAAUUUUGUAUGUUUAAAUAAUUGUACUGGGUUCCAUAAUGCUUAUCUUAGAAACUGUUUAGUAAAAGAAAAAUAUAUAAACUGUGCAUUUGUGAAUGCCUCCGUUAGAGCAUUCAUGCAAGUUCAAUGUGUAGUGUGAUGGUUAUUAUAGAUAUUUAAAGUAUAGUAAGUGGCUGUGUAACAGGAAAGACUAUUUUACCUGCGUACUUAAGGUAACUCCUGCCCACGUAAUUAAAUCAGUAUUGUCCUUUCCUGUCAGUUUGAUUAUUUGCAGUACUGGUAGUUUCCUGCUUGUGACUGUUACCUAAUUGUGUCAAUGUACAUCUGUAGUAUGUACAUGUGAAAGUGCCUUUCUAUUUUAGAGGAGUUUAGCCUUGCUCUUGUACCGUUGCCCCCUUCUAUGCCCCGCCUUCCUCCUCCAAGUUCUUGCUGCCUACCUAAGUGUUCUGCAACUUCCUUCACUCUCUCCUGGCAUCCUCUCCAGCCCGCGUUCUGUGUCUCAGUGCUCAGUCCUGUCUGCCUCACCUCCCUGGUGAUCAUCAGACGUGUCCUCGUAGACCGUGGUUGUGCCUUUCUCACCCGGCAGGGACUCUCCCGAGUCCUCCAAUCUCAGCCAUCUAUGCCCACUCACACACCGCUGCCUGCCUCAGUUUCACCCAGGCUGUGUUCUGCCUCUUACCAUUACAUUCCCUCCCUUCUGAGGUGACAACAACAACAGGGGCUGCUUUUCCAGUUCCGGGAGGAAAACACGUUUUGUUAUUCUGUUGUGACAAUGCACUUUUCUGUAUAGUACUGUACAUGUUGGCAUGUCCCAUUACAGGCUUCAGUAUACAGUCGGGUUUGUUCUUCAUGGUGUAUCUUUGUAAUAAAUAAGAUAGUUCACCUUUCUCUGCUUA